AUGGCAACAGUGAACAACGUCGUUGGGGCACUACAAUGUAUAUCAUCUAAUAAUAGUCAGGAUGAGAAGAACAAAGCUUUGCAAUAUUUGGAGCAGUUUCAAAGAUCCUCAGAAGCAUGGAUGAUAUGUCACGAUAUAUUGAAUAAUAACUCUACAGAGCAAUCUUUGGAACUACAAAUCUUUGCUGCGCAGACACUUAGAAACAAGGUUACAUAUGAUCUGACACAACUUGGAGACAACCUGUCAAGUUUCAAGGAUUCAGUACUUCAGAUGCUAACUUCCCAUAACAAUAAUCUAGUUAUUACACAAUUAAACGUCGCGUUGGCUAGAUUGUCUAUCCAAUAUUUGAACUGGAAGAACCCAAUUCAAGAAAUAAUCACUGUGCUAAACCCAUAUCCCGUAGCAUUGUUAGGGUUUUUGAGAGUUUUACCAGAAGAAACGCUAGAUAUAGAUUCCACACCAUUAACCGAGGAUGAAUUCAAUUCACGCAUACAUGAGCUGAUUAACACAAUUGCACAAGAUGUUUUACAGUUCUUGAUUACUUGUGCUGAAAAUAUUAGAUCUGGAAACUCUAAUAUCAAAUUGGAUCAUGUAUUAAAGUGCAUAAGUUCUUGGUCCUUUGAGUUUUCAGUUGAUCAGUUGGUAAGCGUUACACCAUUAAUGAACCUAAUUUUUGAUGCUUUACUGAAUGGUAAUGAAGAUCAUCCUGAUAUAUUUGACGCCGCGGUCGAUUGCCUGUGUGUUGUGCUAAAAGAAAGCAGAGAUGCAUCAAAUGAUCAAAUGGUUUUAGCAUUGUAUGAAAAGUUGAUAGAAUUACAGCAGAAGCUGCUUCCAGAUUUGGAAUCUGUCUCAGCUGAUAAUGAUAGCUGGGAUCCGGAUCUACUCGAAGGACUAACGCGUUUGUUUGUAGAAGCAGGUGAAGCGUGGUCUGUAUUUGUAUCAAAGUCUCCAGAAAUUUUCAGACCUUUAGUUAAGGUAAUACUUUUGCUUUCAUGCAAAAAUACAGAUCUUGAUGUGGUUGCUUACACCUUUCAAUUUUGGUUUACUCUUAGACAAAAUUUGGUUUUGCCCAGAUAUCAGAAGUCCAAACUUGCAUACACAGACUUAUACUUAGACUUAAUAAAUGGGAUCAUUCUACAUUUGAGGUACCCUGAUGAGCAAUUUUCUUCAAAAGAAGAAGAAGACAAGUUCAAGGAUUUUAGAUACCAUAUGGGUGAUGUUCUGAAAGACUGUACUGCUGUCGUAGGGACCUCCAAGGCCCUAACACAGCCGCUUGACGCUUUGAAUAUUGCAAUCUCUUCUAAUUCAAGCUGGCAAUAUAUUGAAGCACCCUUAUUUUCUAUGAGAACAAUGGCUCAAGAAAUAUCUUUAACGGAAAAUAAACUACUUCCUCAAAUCAUGCAAAUAAUAUGUACACUACCAGAACACCCAAAAGUUCGUUAUGCAUCCACAUUAGUUCUUGGUAGGUACACGGAAUGGACUUCAAAACACCCAGAAACACUGGAACUACAAAUACAAUAUAUUCUAAAUGGAUUCCAACAGGCAAGUGCAGGUGACAAAGAAUUAAUACCAGCCUCUGCUCAUGCUUUAAUGUAUUUUUGUUCUGACUGUGCCGAAUUACUGAGCUCUUUUGUUGACCAACUGAUAGAAUUCUUCUUUAACGUCCAAGAGUCAAUUGACAUAGAGUCUCAAUUUGAGUUAUGCCAAGGUUUAAGUGCUGUUAUAAAUAAGCAAGAUGGGCCCAUAUUGAUUACUACGUUCCAGAAGCUUCUUGACCAGAAUUUAAAUAAGACAAACUCCUUAAUUCCAAAAUGGAAACAAAAUCCAAGUGAAUUUAGUAGAUUGAUUGCUGACCAAAUCGACCUAUUGUAUGCCUUAUUUGAAGAACUGAAACCCAAAUUCCACUAUCCUGCUCAAGGUGCUGAUCCACUCUUACCACAAAUAGAAUUAAUAUGGACAACACUAAGAUCACUUCUGAUUGAGCAUGGUGCACUAACCGACGAGCAGAUUGCCGAAAGAACGAGUAAGUUUUUAAGGAGACUGUUUGAAAAUUAUCAUAUCUUCUGUGAAUCUAUUUUGCCUUCUGUUGCUGAAGUUCUAGUCCAGGGUUAUUCUUCUACUGGAUUUGGCUCAUAUCUUUGGUGCUCUGGUUCUGUGAUUGUUAUUUUUGGAGAUGACGAAUCUUUCCCGGUUAGCCCACAAUUGAAAGAUUCAGUAUGGAAUUUUGCUCUAUCACAAUGUCAAACGUUUAUGGUCAACUUCAAUAAAAUUAAUCAGAGAGAAUUAAAAAAUUAUCAUGAUUUGGUUAUGGAUUUUUUCUCUAUGAUAUCUGACUUGCUGAUGUUUUACCCAGAAAAUUUCAUUUUCUCAACAGAAUUGAUACAACAAAUUCUCAAGGUUGCUGAAUUGAGCUUAACAAAUAUUGAACAGUAUGACACGUAUAUUUUAAUUAUUCGUUUCAUUGAUGAUCUGAUUUCCUGGGGCUUCAAGACUCCACCCAUUUCUACACUGGCUAUUGAACUUGUUCCAGACGAAUGGCGAAAGAGCAUUCUUGAGACUGUAAUUGUUAAGAAUGGUUCCACACUAAUAGAUUCAUUUUUUGUGGGAAUUAUUUACAAAUUUGAUUCAAGUGCUCAUUCAGACGCAAUAAGCACUAUUGUGAAAUGUCUCAGGUUGGCGUUUGAGGGCAGUAAUAACCAACCUGAUGUAAUAGUCGGAUGGCUAGAACAUGCAUGCCUAACUCUUGGUAACGUUGAUCUGAAGGAAAAGGAAAGAUUAUUGACCGAAGUCGUUCGUGGAUUAAAUAGAAGGGAUUUCAGAAAAGUGAGAGAAGGAGUGAGAUUCUUUGUAGAAUGGUAUUUGAGAAAGAAUGUAAAUUCUAGAUUAGGAUAA